AUGAGUCGUCGCUCGACCGCGUGGCUGCCCCUUGUGGUGACCUUAGUGCUGGCAAAUGUUUCCGCCGCGACGUCGGCGGCCUCGUCCUCGUCCUCGUCGGACUACGUUAUGGACGGUGCCACCACGUACUGCUGGGAGGUGGACACCUCCAUCUACUCGAACACGGUGGAUGGCUCCUCGGUGAAAAUGGUGAGCGCGCAGGGCGACGGAUGCCCACUGGCGCUCUCCAUGGCGCCCCCUACGGACGACGUGUACGCGUACGACUCGGUGGACAUCUCGUGGAACGCGACGGAGCGCUUGGCAUCGAACGGCUCCCUUGAGAGCAACAGUUUCGGCCUCGCGGAGCUGGUUGGUGGACUGGACCGCAUCUCGCAAAACUACUACCAGAUCACGGCCUCGAGACUGCGGACGUGCGUCUACGGCGCGGACUGCAACCCUGUGACGACGGGAUCACAGCUGACGGAGAACACGACGAACAUCCCGCUGAACUUCACGAACGGCUUGGCUGCAUUCGACUCGUCCGAGCUGUCGUUUAGCCAGCCGGGAAACUACACUCUGUUGGCACACUUGAUCCUUCCGAGCAGCACCCCGACUUCCAAGCGUUACGACUACGCCGUGUUCCUCAAGGUACAGGUCCUCUCGCGGAGCAGCGCCGCUGUCGCCGACACCACCGCCACACCCUACUCCGAGACGACGGGUACAAGCAGCAGCAGCUCAGGUGUAUCGACGGAAGUCAUCUGUGUGCUCAUCAUCAGCGGCAUCGUCGCGGUGGCCCUGGUCGUCAUCGGUUUUGUGACACUGCGCGCCAAAAUCGACCGUAACCCUGAGGCAAAUGGUAGCAGCAACAAGCGCAGCAACAAAAAGGGCCGUGGCAUGUUUGGCUUUUCAAGCACCGGCAUGAAUUCGGCCGGCGGGGUACAUGUCGUGAGUGACGGAGAGGCCGAGGAGUUUGCCAUGCUCAGCAUGCAUGAAGCCACGAUGCGCCAGAAGCGAAACAGUACGUUCCUCAGCGCUCUUUCCCGUGGUCGACGACGCAGCGAUGCCGCCGCACCUCAGCACAGGAGCGGCAGCCCGCUGCAGUUUGCCGGACCGAUGGUCAGCCAAAGCGUGGAUCGCAAGGCCGCCCUCUCUAUCGACGAAAGCUUCAGCGGUGGAGAUAUCACUCCGCAGAGUGUCACGAUUGAAACCCCUGUUACUGGCCGUGGCAACUACACGGGCCUCGACAACACGCCGAAGGUGAAGGUGUUCGCACCCCCGGGCCAGAUCAUGUUCAACGACAUCAUGGAGGAUGAGGUGGACUCGGGUCGACGAUCGGGAGGUGUCAUCGCUGCGGCACGCCGACCCAACUUCGAGGACAGCACCAUGUCAGACGUGACGGACCUGAACCUUACUGCAGUGUCUGAGCGCAUCAAGCAGCACCGCGCUAACGCGGAGCAGGAGGCUGCUGCUGCUGUCCAUAUGAAGCAGGAUGUGCUGACUGCGGACGACCUACGGGGUUCCGAGGCUGGCCCCCUUGCACUGAGCGACCUUCUCGCUUCACGCGUGCGGAAGUAA